AUGCAGUUGACCAUUACUUCACAGAGCUCUCCAGUUGGAUAUCCCCAUAAGAAGCUAACAACCUAAGAGUGCCUACUGUUGCCCCUGAUGUUCUCCAUAGGGCUUUCUAUGAUGUUACGAGGAAACAAAUAGUACAACAAAUAGUUGGACAUCCAACAAAUAGUAAGAAAAAGGCCAUUUCAUUCUGAUACUGCUUCUUUUGACUGUGGUCAGGUUUCCUACUCUGGUUUUAUUAUUAAAGAUGUACAAACUUUAAACCAAAAGGGUAAAAGCUGCUGCUGGGCAGAUGUGGACUUCAAAUCUCUCCAAGAUCCGACAAGCUCUUAAAAAUGUUUACCAUAAAUGUAAGAACCACCCAGAUUCAAUUAGACAUCCAACUAUGACUUCCUAUGAUUGUGAUCAAGAUGACAUGAGUACUGAUGAAGAAAUGAAUCUUACAGUAAUGCUCCAAGAUAUUAAAACUGCCCAAAUUGAACUCCUCAGCCAAAUGACUGACAUUCUCAGUGUGGUAUCCAAAAUGCAGGAAAAUACUGACUUUUAUCAGAAGCAGAUGGAGAUACUGGAAACCAGAAUGAAUAUUAAUGAAGACAAACAAUGUACAGUAACUAAAGAUAUCUUCUCUACGAAGAAACAUAUUGAUGCUUUAAAGAAGAAGGUAACAGAACUGGAAAGCCAGAAUUGUUGCUCCAGCAUACAUUGUUUAGAAGUUCUGGAAGGAGAACUUCUGGGUAAAGAGAUCAUAGAACAGCUUCACAAACUCAUACAACCAGAAACUUUGAAGAACACAUUGGCUUCUACACACGACAGAAUCUCUUCAGCAGAACCAGAAAAAGUGCCCAGUUGUCCUGAGCCCACUGAUCAUCUUGAGAAGAAAACAAUUUCCUCCAAAACUAAAACUCUGAAAAAAAGUAAUGACCAAAAUGCAUUAAGAAGCCUUAGAAAAGCAAAGUCAAAUAUUUAUAUUUAUCCAGACUUUAGUACAUGGAUCAAGCUAACUUUUGUCCAUGAAGGAAGGUGGAGAUUUUUCCUCAAAGCUACCAAGUUACAGGAAUUCAUCCAGGGGCUUUUUUCUAGGCCAACCAUCCCUCCUGAGGAACCACAACUCAUAACCCAGAGAUAUUGUCCCUUCACUGGGCCUAUUGCGAGUUUGACGGCAUUCUGUCUCUCUGUUUUCAACUAUGUUUAUUGUCUUUUUGGUUUCUCAAAAGAGGAAGUAACUCGACUAUAGAGUCAUUUUCUGCUUUGUUUGGCACAAAAUAAAUGUAACUUGGUUGUUCCAAGCAUUGACACAUCUUUGCAGUGGUUGUGAACUCCUUGGCAGUUUGUUCACUGUAGGCUUACGGCCUAUGAAGUUUUUAUGUGUCUCAGGCAAGAUAUAUCAUCCCAUUGGACAAUUGUGAUGUAUUUUCUGUCAGUGUUCUUGUUUUCUCACAGGCAAGUCAUGAGGACUCACCCAGUGCCUGUGUUAUAGAUCAUUGGAAGGAAAGAAUAAAGAAGUCAAGGGAAUAAAGAGCACAUUUGGUAGUCCCCA